AGAUAUAAAAUCAGAAUUGGCUAGUUUAGCUGUUUUGGGUACCUAUUAUACAAACCGUAAAUUAGUUUUUAUGCUACAGGCUUUAGUAGAUAAGCCUGUCAGUUCUAUUUGGUUUCAUAAUUGCCUCCAAAAGUAAUUUCUUUUAUUAAUAUUGUCAAAUAGUUUCAAGUUUUUCAGUCAAGAUGCCAGUAGCUGAGGAUACUUUGUCAAUAUCUGAUGUGAUAUAUCAGCUACAAGAUUAUUCUCCUACCAUACCAGAUUCCAUUACUACUGCUGUAUGUUCAGAAGCUGGAUUUGAAACUAAUGAUCCGCGAAUAAUACGAUUGAUAUCAAUUGCUUCUCAGAAAUUUAUUGCUGAUAUAGCUAAUGAUGCAUUACAACACUGUAGAAUGCGUGUGGCUACUAUGCCAACUAAAUCUGGGAAAGUACCUAAAGACCGUAAAUAUACGUUAACUAUGGAAGAUCUAACACCAGCACUCAAUGAUUAUGGAAUAGUUGUUCGAAAGCCUCCAUAUUUCGUCUAAAUUUUACUGUACAUCUAUAUUUUAUAAAAUAUAGUUUUUAUUUAAAAAUA